GCUGUCAAUCAGAAAGCCUAACUCGCUCCAUGUUAGACUGAAGUGUGUAAAAGUAUUGGUGAAGGACUCGCGUGUGUUCAGUUAUUUCAGCGCGUUAAUGGACUAACCGAGACGUAAACGAGACGAGCGGGAAAAAGCCGUGCAUAUAGCAUGAUAAGCUGAGGUCUCCUGCAGCAGAUGAGGGAAGAUGCUGGCCAUGGAUCACAGCGUGGUGGAGGACUGGCUGUCUGAGUUUAAGACUCUUCCAGAGACGGCCGUCUCCAGCUACGCUGCCUCUCUGAAGGACAAGGGCUCUCUGGUUCAUGCGCUCUAUAAAGUCAUUCGAGAGAAUUACAGCGAUCUGCUGGAGCCCGUGUGUCAUCAGUUGUUUGAGUUUUACCGCAGCGGCGAGCCUCGUUUACAGCGCUUCACUCUUCAGUUUCUGCCCGAGCUGGUGUGGAGUUACCUGUCGGUGACGGCCGCUCGAGAUCCUCACUGCAGCGGCUGCAUCGAGGCGCUCCUGCUGGGCAUCUACAACCUGGAAAUCGUUGAUAAAGACGGUCAGAGUAAAGUGUUGUCCUUCAGCAUCCCUUCCUUAUCGAAGCCGUCGGUUUAUCACGAGCCGUCUUCCAUUGGCUCUCUGGCCUUGACUGAAGGAGCCUUAGCCAAUCACGGUCUGAGUCGUGUGGUGUACAGCGGCCCCCACCUGCAGCGAGAGACCUUCACCGCGCAGAACAGGUUUGAGGUGCUGACGUUCCUGCUGCUGUGUUAUAAUGCGUCUCUGAGCUACAUGAGCAGCUCGUCUCUGCAGUCUCUGUGUCAGCUCAGCUCCAGAGUCAGUAUCUGUGGAUAUCCGCGGCAGCAGGUGCGCCGCUAUAAAGGCAUCAGCUCGAGGCUCAUGGUCACGUCAGAGUUCCUCGUGCAGCUCAUCACCGGCAUUCACUUCGCUCUGUGUAACGGUGAGGUGGAUCUGGGCUGGAGGGCUCUGGAUGACGUGUUGUACCGAUCACAGCUGGAGCUCUUCCCCGAGGCGCUGCUGGUGGGAAAUGCCAUCAAGUCGUCUCUCCACGGCGCGUCUCUGAAGGCCAAUAAAGAGGGAACUCGCUCCAUCCAGGUGGAGAUCACCCCCACGGCUUCCCGAAUCUCCCGCAACGCCGUCACCAGCCUCUCCAUCCGCGGACACCGCUGGAAACGCCACGACGCAGUGGAUCUGGGUUCCCCGGAUGAGCUGACGGAGAUCUCGGAGUUGGACGAGGGCAUCUGCACACAAGUGUGCGCCGCUCCGAGCAGCCCCCCGACCAUCGUCAUCAGCGGCAGCGGCGGGAAACCGAGCGGGAAGGGUCUGCGCCGCCUGACGGGCCGCUCCAGCAAAGACAAGGACUCUGCGACCGGCGUGGAGCAGCUGUCGCGCAAACAGGCCACCGUCCGCGCCAUGAGCGAGAACCUGGAGCUGCUGUCACUCAAGCGGCUGACGCUGACCAAGAGCGGCUCGCUGAGUCUGUCGCGCACCGCUGGAUCGGUCUUCUCGCGCUCCUUCGAGCAGGUCAGCGGCGUCCUCGCCUCCAGCCCCACAGCCAAUCACGGCACAGAGGUGGACCACGGGGGCGUGGCUUACUCGGAACACCUAAGCCCCGCCCACCAGCACCGGCAGCGCUCGCCCACCAUCAGUAUCCACGUGACCUCUGACCUGUGACCCUAAACGGAGACGCUCACCGCUGCCACCUUGUGGCAGGAAACUACAGCACCUUACAGGAAGUCUUUUUAUUGUUUUCCUUCGGUUUCCGUCAGUCGUGAUCGAUGAGCAAAGUCAUGCAUUUUUGAAGUGUGAAAUCAGACGUUGUGUAUUUUUAACGCAGGUUCGGACGUUUUCAUGACAUGAUGAACGUUUUUUUACGUGUGCGAACUGCAGUUCGUCUUCUCUUCCAGGAGUUCGGAUGCUUGAUUACAAACCCGAGUGGAAAAUCCUGAAGAAAUCAGACCGGAUUCAUGUGAAGCCAGAUAUUGUGUAUUUUUAAUGCCGAUUCUGUCGGUUCAGUGGUAUUCUUAGUCGAUUUGUACGUGUACGAACUGCGGUUCCUUUUCUCUGCGUAUCCCAGCAUGCACUGCGCUCCAACCUGAAGCCAUUGCGUCACAGUUUCCGGGAGUUUAGAUCCUUGUUUACAAACCGACUGGAAAACCCUGAAGAAAUCAGACCGGAUUCAUGUGAAGUCAGAUCUUUUUUCCCUUUCGUUAUUCACUACUUUAAAGUAAACCAUCAAAAUGCAUACAUUUACAUUUACUAUUUAAUUUUGUAUUAAUGAUGCAAUUUUUAAUUAAUAGCAAAACAAAAUAAAAUGGUUUAAUUAAAACAUAUUUGCCUGGGAUUUUCUUUGGCUUUCAUUAUUAAGCAAUUCAAGGAAAUUGUCAAAUUGUAUCCAUGUACAUUAAAGAUUUAAUUUUCUGAUUUUUUUAUUGUAUUUUUCAUCUUAUAAGCACAGCCUCGGUGAGCAGAUGAGUUUCAGAAACAUUUAAAAACUCUCUCCGCUGCAGUCUUAGUGGAUUUGGGUUUCAGGAUCCACGUGACCUCUGACCUAUGACCCUAAGCUCACCGCUGACACCUUGUGGCAGGAAACUGCAGCACCUUACAGGAAGUCUGUUUAUUUAUUUUUCCUUCGGUUUUCGUCAGUCGUGAUCGAUUACCAAAGUCAUGCAUUUUUGAAGUGUUUUUACUCCAUGUGAAGUCAGACGUUGUGUAUUUUUAAUCCAGAUUCAGACGUUUUUCAUGGUAUUAUGACCGAUUUUUAUGUGUGCGAACUGCAGUUCCUCUUCUAUACGUAUCCCAGCAUGCACUGGGCUCCAACCCGAAGCCAUCACGUCACAGUUUCCAGAAAUGGGAAGUUUCCAAGGAGGAAAAUCCAGAAGAAAUCAGCCCAAAUCGAGAGUCUUAUUCGGUUUCUAAAGCAAUAUGGUUAUUAUAUGAACUUUGACACGUGAGGUGGGUCGGUUAGUAUUAAUGGUUAAACUGGUAUAAGUUAACACGUGUCACACCGAUGUCAUGCAGAGACCCAGCAAACAGUGUGAUUAUAAGACAGAAAUCAACUCUUGAUUUAAAAAUGAAUCUAAUUAUCGCAUCUAUUUUCUGCUUUCAUUGUUUCUGCACCAGUAUGUGUCUGGUGUUACUGUUUUCUAUUUGAAGAUGAUGUUUUUGAGGAGGUUUUCUGCUCAUAAUGGUUUGUGUUUUGAAGUGGAUCAUCAAUAACAGAGCUCAGAUUAUUUGGAGAAUGUGAAUAUUUUGUGGUGAAUUGUAAAUAUUAUUGUACUAGUCAUUUUUCUGCCUUUUGUCAAACAAAAGUAACAUGGUUACAGUCUGAAAAUAAAGAUUUCUAUUUCAA